GAAAGUGAAAGAAAGUGAGACGAAAAGAAGAACAGAGACGGUGAGAGUAGCCUUACACCCGGGGUAACCAGGCAGAGGGGGCACCGCGCAGUGACAAAGGACCCCAGCUGUACCCGCACCCAGAACGCCAGCAUGAUGCCAUCCACAAUCUACAAGCUGAGCUUUAUUCUUUUUGUACACGCCAUUGUCCUUCUGGCCGUGAACCCUACAUCCAAAUCGCAGUCCCUGUCCUGCUGGCUGGUGGAAGAUGUCCCUGCCACUGAGUCUACACCGCGCAUGAUCCGACAGACACCAGUAUUGGUGCAGUUCACGGACGCCUCUGGACUGACCCAUAGUUCUCCAGUAACCACUGAACCUGGCACCUUGCUCUUCUAUGUUUUUGAUCCAUCAGGGAAUCUUUCUCCUGAGUUUACCGCCUGUGAGAUAACUCAUCAUUUGCCUCAAGAGGUCUUUUUGAACUGGACGCGCUCCCUCACAGAGGAGCAAGUCAGUCCGCCCGCCCUUGGCAGGACCUGGUACACCUUGGCGGCCAAGAAUCAUUUGGAUGGAAGGGCGGUGAGCCUCGUGCUGGGGCCCCUGGGUGACAAAAAAGAUCAUUUUGCAGCCUCUCUAGCUGUGUCUUCUGCCUCCAUGGUCCAACAUGCCCAGUUGGGUAAGCCGCUGUCUCUAUCUUGUGGCAUGUGGCGGGGACAUCAGCAGCGAUUUGCUGUAGAGUGGCGCCAUCGUGCUCUGGGUGCUGGAAGCCUCCUGUACACGUAUGAUGGAUGGAAGGACAAGGUUGAGGAGCACGUCUCAAAUUGUCACCUGAACUUUUUGGCCUUACACAACAAAGGGGACGCUUCCCUGCUGUUUGACAAUGUAGACAUUUCACUCCAAGGCACCUUGUUAUGUACAGUCUAUCUGCCCUACCUGAGGGCUCAACGAGAAAUCCAGCUGGUGGUCACAGCUAAACCGCAGGUCACUAUGAAGCCGGCACCCCUCUUCGCUCAUCCUGGUGAGGAGGUGACACUCACUUGUGACAUUUCUCACUUUCACCCUCUGGAAAUCUCUGUGGACUUCUUAGUUCAGCGUUCAGGGGAAUCACAUCCCACCCUGCUUAAUGGAAGCUCCUUGUCUCAUCACACCCACAGCCAUGAUGGCACCUAUAGUAUCACCGCAUUCCAGCGACUUGUUGCCAGCAGCGACCUCCAUGGUGCCCGCUACUUUUGCAAAGUGAACCAUAUUAGUGCUGCAAAGGGGAUCUCAACCUCCCAGACCCUCAAAAUUGCAGGGGUAUCGGGGACGUCUGUGGAGGACAUCAUGUAUCUCUUUCUGACUGCGCUGGUUCUCUAUGGGAUUCUAAGCUUCCUGAGCAGGAAAGCAGUGUCGUUCUUUGGGGGUCAGGAAGAGCUGAAGGCUCAGAAGAAUAAAUCGGAGUAGAGAAAGCUGGAAGAUCGGAGGACCUGAUCGCUGAAAGACAUUUGUGUUGCUAGCGUGGAUUUCAAUGUAAUGAAUACUUUGUUUUCCUGAGAGCCUCCAGUCUCCCUAUCCCCACGGCCGUAGCUGUGAGAACGUGGUUGUUUAAAGUUAGAGGGACAAGUCGUCUACUGAUCCUUGUCUGCUCAACCCAAAAAUGCUAAUUGACUAUGAAACAUCCCUUAAUUUAAUUGCACUAUUUUGUAAUUGUUCGCAGCAGCUUUGUGUACGUACAGUAAGUGUGGGAUCCCAUAAAACCUGUACGACCUGCUGGAUAUAUUAAGCAUCUUCUUUUAGGAGGAGAUUGAUCAGACUGGUGUAAGGUAGAACUGGCCUAGUUGCCCAGAGCAGCCAAUCAGAUUCCACCUUUCAUUUUCCAAAUGAGCUCUGA